AUGGCCGUCCUCAAAUACGUCAACAAGCUUCAAGGCCACCGGGUCCUUGUCCUCGGCGGCUCUUCCGGCGUAGGCUUUUGUGUUGCCGAAGCAGCUCUCGAACACGGAGCCCAAGUCAUCAUCAGCAGCUCCAACCAAUCCAAGUUGGACAACGCCGUCUCUCGUCUCAAGGAGCACAUCAAGGCAGCCAACCUCGGAGACGCGGACAAGCUGCUAUCUGCCAAGACAUGCAAUCUCGGAAAUCCCGAUACUAUUGAAGAACAGGUUGUCCAGCUCUUGGAAUUCGCGACCAAGGAUGGGAAGCUCGACCAUGUUAUUCACACAGCUGGCGAUGCUCUAAACACCGGCGGUCUUAGCGACGUAACUGUCGAGAAGAUCCACGCCACUUCUCAAGUCCGUAACACGGGCGCAAUUAUUAUUGCAAAGCACUUGAACAAGUAUAUCAACCAGGGAGUGAAAAGCUCAUUCACCCUGACUGGCGGAACAAACACCUGGCGCCCGCUGCCCAACUGGUCCAUCAUUGCUGCCGCUGGAGGCGCCACUGAAGGUCUUUCUCGUGGUCUUGCGGUCGAUCUGCGGCCUGUGAGAUGCAACUGCGUGAUGCUCGGUGGUGUUGAAACGGAACUGCUCGACAUGAUCCCAAAAGAGCACAGGGAAGCAGUGCUAGACAGCUUCAGGAAGGAGACCCUCACGGGCACGGUUGCUUCGCCGCAAGAAGUAGCGGAGGCUUACGUCUAUUUGAUGAAGGAUUCUUUUGCCACGGGGGCGAUUAUUGAGACUACAGGAGGUCGUCUUGUUGGAGAUACCAAGACUCAGCUCGUACUCUAG